AUGUCAUCCAAGAGAGCGGGUGAGGCGACGGCCACAGCAGCCGUAGCAGCAACCACGGCGGCACCGCCAACACUACCAAGAGCCCAAAUCCCUGUCGAGCACCUACAGAUUUUGCUGCAGCGCUUCGAGUCACUUUUGUCAUCCAUUGUCGGUCUCAAAGAAGAAAUCGCGGUGGUGCCCGGUAUGGACGAGUGGCCAACGCUGCUGCACCGAUAUACUAAUCUGCUCUCCCAUGCCUACUCGCUCUCCUCUUCUCUUUUAUCGGCGUCUCCUCAUUUUCUGCCGUCACAAUUGGCGUCGUUCAACAGGGUGCUCGAGGCGGAAGCGAACAAUGCAAAUCUGUACGCCGACACCUCUGGAUCUUCGUCCCUGUUUGGAGGCAUCUUGGGUGGUGGCUCGGAUAGUUCUGCCGACGAUGGUGUUAAGGCUACCGCUGAUGGUUUGCCUGAGCUCAGCUUUUACGACCGCAGCAAUCCACUGCCGCUACUACUAGCACAUCCUGUGCUGCCGAUUCCCGACGACAACAUCAAUUUCCUGGGCGCGCUGCUUCGAACAGCGCCCGAGGCCGAGAUCUCGAAGGAAGAGAGCAAGCUGUUGGAAAGCUACCAUGCAUCGUCAGCUAUAGAGUCGCACGGUGAUAUCAACGCCGAGCUCCGACAUGUCCGAGACGAAAUUUUGCAACACGAUACGUUGGCACUUCGAGCGCUACGAAUUUGGUAUCAUCUGCGAAAUGCGCCUGAUGAAGAGGGCAACGUGCUCAAUGUACGCGAGCGACUAUCUGCAGCGGAAGAGGACGAAGGAGAUCCAGGCGACGACGAAGAAGGAAACGAAUCCGAUCAAGAUAAGGAUGACGACUCUGAGGAUGGUGUGGAAGCUGUAACAGCUCGUGCAGAGCAAAGGCAACGACGCAGAAUGGAGCAAAAUUGUUGGAGUGCAGACGCCGUUUCUGCCUUUCUGCGUGGUCACACAGCUAGCCAAUAA